GUGGCUUAGAUUCCAUGUGUGCAGGUGCAUGAGAACAGUGGAAGUAGAGUCAUGAAUGUUUGUAAGGAAUAAGUAGUAUUGUGAUUAAGUCUAUGCUACUAAUUGCAAUUAAUGUUUUAAAUAAUCCUUGAAAAAGGCACAUCAAUGGAGUCAUUAGUUCUUAAACUCCAUGAAAUCUCAGCCGUUAAAUUCGGUAAUUUCAAGCUUAAAUCCGGCAUUUCAUCACCAAUUUACAUAGACCUCCGCCUUGUUGUAUCUUACCCUUCCGUCCUCCGGCAAAUUUCUCAAACUAUGAUUUCAUCAGUCUCAGAUACUAAAUUUGACCUUGUGUGCGGCGUCCCUUAUACCGCUCUUCCUAUUGCCACUUGUGUGUCUGUCACUCACAAUAUCCCUAUGGUCAUGCGCCGCAAAGAAAUCAAAGACUAUGGCACUUCAAAAGCUAUUGAAGGUGAUUUCAAGCAUGGACAGAGUUGCUUGAUUGUUGAGGAUUUAGUUACUAGUGGCACAUCCAUUUUGGAAACUGCUGCGCCAUUGCGUGCCAUAGGGUUGAAGGUCAGCAAUGCUGUUGUUUUGAUUGAUAGAGAGCAAGGUGGAAGGGAGAAUUUGGAGAGUAAUGGAAUCAAGUUGAAAGCGAUUCUUAAAUUGACUGAAAUGGUGAAAAUUUUGAGGGAAAAAGGAAGGCUUGAUGAGGAGAUGGUAAGGGUUGUUAUGAGAUUUUUAGAGAAAAAUCGGAAGGUUGAUGCUACUUUGGAAAAUAAAACUAAGUUCAAGACGUUGUCGUAUUCGGAGAGGGCUAAGUUGUCGAAGAAUUUAAUGGGGAAGAGAUUGUUUCAGAUAAUGGCAGAAAAGGAAAGUAAUUUGUGUUUGGCUGCAGAUGUUGGAACUGCAGCUGAAUUGCUUGAAAUUGCUGACAAGGUUGGGCGUGAGAUUUGCUUGCUGAAAACUCAUGUGGAUAUUCUUCCAGAUUUUACUCCGGAUUUUGGUUCUAAGCUUCGUGUGAUUGCAGAAAAACACAACUUCUUAAUAUUCGAGGAUCGUAAGUUUGCGGACAUUGGUAACACAGUGAGCAUGCAGUAUGAAGGAGGGAUCUUUCAUAUAUUGGAUUGGGCUGAUAUAGUAAAUGCUCACAUUAUCUCUGGUCCUGGAAUUGUGGAUGGACUGAAGUUGAAGGGUUUGCCUCGCGGAAAGGGUUUGUUGCUGCUUGCUGAAAUGAGUUCAGCUGGUAACUUUGCCAAGGGGGACUACACUGCUGCUGCUGUCAAAAUUGCUGAGGAUCAUUCUGACUUUGUUUUUGGCUUUAUCUCUGUCAACCCAGCAUUGUGGCCUGUGGCACCGAUAAAUCCUUGUUUCAUUCAUGCAACUCCUGGAGUUCAAAUGUCGAUUGGUGGUGAUGGUUUGGGGCAGCAAUAUAAUACUCCAUAUUCUGUUAUCCAUGAUAGGGGUAGUGACAUUAUUAUAGUGGGACGCGGUAUCAUCAAGGCGGAGAAUCAGGCUGCGGCAGCUCGUGAAUACCGUCUUCAAGGAUGGAGUGCAUAUUUGGAUAAGUGCAAUUAAGGCCUGUAUUCCCUAACCAAAUGGAAGAGUCCAAGUUCAUUUUUUGAGAUGUUUAAUUCUGCAGCUGUUAUAAAUAGCAUUCAAGCAAAGAUGCAACACUUGAAUUUUGUUUACUCUAAUGAAGAAAAUAUUUUCAGUUCACCUA